UCAGAUAAACGAGCUUUGCUUCUCUAAACAUUUAAUUCGAUUACAAACAUGGCGGCUGCUUUCUUCAGGAGAAGAUCGUGUUUAAAUUAUCUUCACAGAGAGUUGUGUAGAGUUGUGUGGAGGCCGCAGGCGGCUCUGUACUGCUCCAAACCUCCAGACAGAAAACUUCCACGAAUAACUCACAUCAGUAAGAAAGACAAUCAAAAAGCCAAACCUCAGCCUGCGGUGGAUGUUGCUAAACUCCUGGAAGAACUAUUCUCCCAAAAGAGGCCAGGCACAGCGCCCCCCGGUGGUGGUAAAGCUACCAAAGCCUCAACCAUCUCCUCAACAUAUGUCUCCACCUCAGAUGUUCCUCAUUCAUCAAAAACAAAUCCAGCAGUUACUGUUUCUCGUGCUGCGUCUACAGCUACAUCUUCUUUAAACCCUGCACCGCUUUCCCCUCAACCAACACCAGCAUCUUCCACACAGUCUCCUGGUUUGAUCCAGGACUUUACCGCUGACGCUGUUUCUACAACCUCAUCUUCUCCAACGUCUGGAUCCACAGCGGCUUCAGCAGAAAACCAAACUUCAGCCCAGACGCUAGAAACCAAAGUAGAAACUGCUGCAGAGACAGAUAAUGUAGAGAAAUCUUCUGUUUCAGCUGUAGAAACUGCAACAGAACCAUCAACAGAGUCGAGUCGUCCUCUUGUAGAAGCAUUAGAACCUCAGGCUCCUGUUGUUGAUGGUCCAGUAGAGCCUCUGAUAGACGUCACAUUAGAUACAGCUCCAGAAAUCCAAACGAUAAGCAAAGAUUCAGGAGAGGAGGGCACCUUAUACACAACCACAGUAGAAACUGCAGAAGAAUCAUCAGUUAAGACUGGAAUUGAUCCUGUAGAGGCAGUAGAAGCUCCAGUAGAGCUUCUGAUAGACGUCACAGUAGAUGCAUCAGCUCCAGAUUCAGGACAGGUGGGCAUCUUGUACACAGUGGAACCUUCAGUAGAUACUGCAAUAGAGACAUCAACAAGCAUCGCUCCUCAGGAAACGUCAGAGAGAGUAGCACCAGUCGAAGGUUCAGCAGAAUCUAUGAUAGAUAUCACAUUAAUAGAAACUGCAGUAGAAUCACCAGUAGAGGUCAGUCUUCCACCAGUAGACACCAGAGCUUCUGUUGCAGGAUCAGUGGAGACGAUGGCAGCGGUUGAAAGAGAACCAGCUACAAGUGUGGAUCAGGAAGUCACCAGCGUCUCCUUCACCUCAACAGUAGAACCUCCAUUAGAACCAACAGUAGACCCUUCAGGAGACGCCACUCCUCCCCCGGUGGUAACACUAGAAACUACAAUAGCAACAGUAGAGCCUUCAUUAGAAAGUGCAGUAGAACCAUCAGUAGAGUCCAUGACCUCUGCUCUAGAGAGUGAAGCUGCUGAUGCUGAACGUACUGCCUCCAUCCAGAAUGCACAGGAACCUGCAGUUUACCCUUCAGAAACCAGAGUGGAAUCUAGAGUAGAGUCAUCCUCAGGAAACGUCACUGUCAAUGAGGAGAAGAGCGAAUCUGAACAAAUGACCUUAGAGUCUGUAACUUUACAUUCAGUGAAUUCCUCGGUGGAUUCUCUGAAAACAGACGAGCUCCUCGAAACAAAGUUUACUCUCGAUGAGGAAGUGGAGAAACGACUGCAGGAGCUGUUGGUCGGUGCCGAACACGAAGCUGCGGUCAAAGCCGAGAACACGGGUGAAGAUGAGGGUGAAGUUGUGUCUAAAGUUCUUUCUCAGUGGAGCUCUCUCUCUGCCGACCUUCAGGAGCUGGAGGGAGAAACCACCUCGUUGAUGACAGAGCUCGUCUGUCGAGUUCCUGCAGCGCCUCCGGGAACCGAUGAGCCGGUAGAAACGAGUUCAGCCUCCGAUCAAACUGCGGGAGCUAAUGUCGAAUGUGGGCAGGUGGAGGAGGAAGGAGAAGCCAUGACACUUGAAUCCAUAACUUUAUCUGAGGUGGAGGCUGAAGUGGAAAUUUUCGAAACUGAAGCUCUGCAAGAAACAAGUGAUGCGCUGGAGAAAGAAGCUGAUGCUCUGGUAAAGGAGGAGAAGAUGGAAGUGAAGAUGGCGACAGGGGAGGAUCUUUACAGUGACACAGCAGAGGCUGAAAUCUUAACGCUGGAUUCCAUCUCUGAAGCAGCCGAUGCGAUAGAAGCUGAGAUUCCUUUAAUGAUGGAGGCCAUGUUUGGCUCUGAGCAGGGACUGAGGCAGACUGAGUCUCUGCUUCCGAAGCUUGAGCUGCAGAAUGAAAUGAUUGAUCAGGAAGCAGGAAAAGAGUCUGCACAGCAGGAGGGAAGAGUCCUGGCAGCCAUGUCUGUAGAGUCUGUGACGUUGGUGGAAGUUGAGGCGUCUCUGGAAACUCUGGAGAACGAGACUCUGAGAGAAACCACGACGUAUCUGGAGAAUGAAGCCGAAGUUCUCGCUGGAGAGACGAGGGCGGAGGUGGAGGAAGGAGCGAGGUCUGAGGAGGUCCCUCAGUGUCUGGACGUCGAGUCUCUGGUUGAAGAUCUGCAGACUGAUGCUCUGAUGGAGGAGCUGCUGUUUACGGUUCCAGGCCAAAUCGCAGGCGUGACAGAAGCUCAGGUCCAUCAGGAGGUUGUAGGAGCAAAUAUGUUAGAUGAGUUGGAUCCAGUCCAGAGACUUUUCCUGGAGAAGAUCAGAGAAUACAACAACCUGCGCAGGUCGAGUGGAGGACCAGUGGAGGAUGAGUCUGAUUAUGAGCGUCACCUGUCAGAGGAGACAGCAAAGCUCCAGAGACUUUAUGGAGGAGGAGACCUGAGCAGCUUCCCUCAGUUCACCUUCACCGAGCCCGAAUUGGACCAGGACCCAAAAUGAUUCCUGAAUUUCUGCCUCCUGCUCUUCAUCCUCCUCUGCCUCUGUGGAGGAACUGAGGAAAUGGGAGAAGAGGAAUUAUUUGUUGUGGUGAUCUGCUGGUUAAACAAAAGGGAAAGACAAUGUAUGGUGCAGCAAUGAUAGAAAGUAUUUUAUUUUAUUAAAGCAGAACUUUCAAAAGU